AUGAGAUUUCAUUUUGCAUCAGGUUUCUCGUCGACUAUCCAAUUGUUUUCAUAUUCUGGACCUUUACUCCUAUUUACAGUUCUCUCCAUUGCCCCCAAUGAUGAGGAUGCCGUUCGUUGCAAGAUUGUGGCUUUAAUUAAGGCCGAUAGCAUUGAGGAAGCUCUUUUGACCAUGGAGUCUUUCCGAAAGCUUCCGAUUGAUUUUAGUUUCUUCAAGGACAUGAUGGCUCCUGUUCCCCAAGUUCUUCCCCCAAUUCAGUGGCUGCCACGUGCUGCUUCCUCGUGCUACCCUAGGUUGACUGCUGGAAGUGUGGCCCUAUCGUCAAAAUUCAACAACUGCACAACAGCAGCGUACUGCAAGUACAGACAAAACUGGUUAAAUGAAGCUCUGGACUUGUUAAAAGGCCAAGAUGGGAAUUCGGCAGCCAUGCUGUUGCAAUCUCAAAUUCUUUCUCGUAUGGGAAAGAUGGAUGCUUCUUUGGAUAUUUAUCAGAAGCUUCAGAAAUCCAAGAUAGAGUCGAUGGAGAUAAAUCUUGUUGCUGGUUUGGUUUCUGCUGGGAGGGCUUCUGAAGUGCAAGGAGUGAUGGAUGUUCUCAAAGUGAAAGCAACUAGCAGCUUUGAGUUGGCAUAUAACACUGCCUGUUCCUUGAUUUCAAGGAACAAAUAUUCAGAUGCAGAGCAACUCCUUCUGUCUGCUCGAAGAAAUUGUAGAGAAGAGGGAAAAGGAGAAAUGGCUAUCCUCUCAAAGGGAUCACCCGCACGAGUUGUCAAACCUCAUCAUCUGCUGAAUGUCUUGCAUUUCAAGGGCACAACAUGGCAUUGUACGUGUCAUAGAGAGGCUUCACAUAGCGAGGGUUUUGGUGGCUUGAUAGCCAUUGCAAAUUUUGUAAUUUUUUCUAUGAUUAUAAGAAUUGGUCAAGAGACACUAAUGGAAGAGAACUUGGCAGAUGAUGACGUAGAGAUCGAGUUGGCUCCAAUAACUGUCCAACUGGCAUAUGUUCAGCAGCUCAUGGGACGCACUCAAGAAGCAGCUGAAGCUUACACAGAAUUUAUAAAGCGAAAUCUUGGGGAUGAAUCAUCACUUGCUGUUGCAACCAACAAUCUUGUGUCAGUGAGGGGUGCAAAAGAUGUCUCCGAUAGCAUUAGGAAACUUGAUCGAUUAAUGGAAAAGAGCAGUGGGCCACAGAAUUUUCACCUUGCAAAUGGACUUGACCUGAAGCUUUUGCCAAAACAGAGGGAAGCAAUAUAUGCCAAUCGGGUGCUCCUGCUUCUUCACUCGAACAAGAUCGAGCAGGCUCGCGAACUUGUUGCCAUGCUGCCUGACAUGUUUCCUGAUAGUGUGAUGCCAGUCCUGCUUCAAGCUGCACUUCUUGUGAGAGAGAACAAGGCUGGAAAAGCUGAAGAUGUGCUAGAUCAGUUUUCAGAGAAGCACCCGGACAAUUCAAAGGUGGUUCUCCUGGCAAGGGCACAAGUUGCUGCUGCUGCUGGCCACCCUCAAGUUGCAGCAGAGUCCUUGGCAAAAAUACCCGACAUACAACACAUGCCUGCCACUGUUGCAACCCUUGUGUCACUAAAAGAGCGUGCUGGAGAUAUUGAAGGUGCAGUUGCAGUUUUUGAUUCUUCAAUCCAGUGGUGGUCCAACUCUAUGGCUGAAGACAGCAAGCUCAGCCUCAUCAUGCAAGAGGCAGCAUCCUUUAAGCUCAAGCAUGGGCGGAAGGAGGAGGCUGCUCGACUAUACGAGGAGCUUGUCAAGACCCAUGGGAGUAUUGAUGCUUUGGUCGGCCUGAUAAAGACAGCUGCAUAUGCAGAUAUUGAUAAAGCAGAAGCUUAUGCAAAGCAGCUGAAACGCUGCCUGACUUCUGGAGCGAAGAAUCUUGAAAAUGGUCCUAGUUUAGGGAUUACUGAACCAUUUGAGGCUAAGGGCAAGGAAAAAGCAAAGAAGAAGAGGAAGAGGAAGCCGAGGUAUCCAAAAGGAUUUGACCCUGCUAACCCUGGUCCACCACCUGAUCCGGAACGGUGGCUACCAAAGAGGGAGAGGUCUAGUUAUCGGCCAAGGAGAAAGGAUAAGAGAGCAGCUCAGGUGAGAGGCUCUCAGGGUGCAGUGGUUAAAGAGACUGUCAACACUAAUGUAAAAUCAAGCCAAACAAGCAAUCCCAAAGGAGCACCUCAGAGCGCAGUUUCAGAGCAACGCAAGUCCUCUAAAUCAUCCAGAAAGAAAUCGAGGAAUUAG